AUGGCCAACACUAAUGAUCUAGGCGCUCGUCUAGCGUCUGUUCUCCCCAAAGGCCACGAUUUUACGACGUUCCAUAUUUCAACGCCUCCUACGAAAACAGAUACUCUCUACUCGCCGCCGCCGAACGAGCGUCCUGAAAGAACAUAUUGCGAGAACCAUUUCCUCGCCGUUUCAAUCAAUGCACCCGAUGAACCAGGGAAACAAGUUCUAGUCCUUGGAAUUGAAGUCUUUAUAUAUACAACAGCUCGAUCAACUACGUUAUUCGUCUCCAAAGCAGACUCGACCGGUUAUCUCACUCUACUCAACCUCCCCAAGGGAACACCGAGUCCUAUCCGCGAGAUAUGCGCUACCUUUGUCGGAUUCCUAGUCGAGAAGAGAAGAAGAAAGGACAUACAAUUCGUCGUAAAUUUGUUUGCGCGCGCUCAAGAUCAAUACCUCUUCCCUGGUAGCAUCGACAACAAGGGCAAGCACGUCCUCGACGAUCGUGGCCUUAUCAAAUGGUGGUGUCGCGUGCUCGAUCCCCUCCUCGGCCCGGCGCCUAAAACCACAGAAGCACCAUGGAAGAGCGCAAAGGGUUACAUCGUCGUUCCCGGUCUAGAAACAAACGAGACUCGAGCCCUUACACCGCGAAAAGCAGAUUCUGCAUGGGAGUUUACACAUCCUCUAGAACGCAUAUCGCAUUACUACCGUGAAUUCGACUGGGUACCACCACGAUGUCUGAUCCCUCACUUUCCUGAUGAUCCAAAGUCCCGGUUCCGAGAUGAAUUAGAUGAGGAAGCUGGAGGCUCGCAAGCGAUGAAGAAACAGGCUAGUUGGAAGAGUGUCAAGACCUUGAGUAUGUUCUGGGAGAUGAUGGCGUAUCGACAAGAAUGUUCGAGUGGUCGUAUGACGGGCUUUAUCUGGCUUGUCUUUGAUGAUCAAGAACCAGCCCCCAAGAUCGAUGACUCCCAAUCAACAGCUCCGCCAGAAACACCAAAGAAGCAGCGUAUCGUGCAAAUAACACCGACAACAACGCCCAGAAAGCUUUUCCCCUCCAAAGAUAAGAAAGAUAAGAAAGACUCCAAGGUCAAGAAGAAGGCCAAAAAGACUCUGAAGGGCCCUAUUAUUGCUCGAAACCCUCGUGUCAAGCGAGCAAAGCACAACUAUCUACUCGACCACCCCGCCAACACAAAGUAUUACUCAUGGACACCCCAAGGCCGUGGUGAAAAGAUCGUCGACGAGGCAACAUACAAGCGCAUUGUAGAAUUGUUACUUCAUCUAGACUUUGCUACGCUCAACAAAGCAGUGGGUAGUACUCGCCGCUGGUUGAAUGAGAGCGGAGGAGGUAGUAAAUGGGGAACUAUCGUUUCUGGUUCACGAGAGACACCAGUUGCCUCAGUAUCAAAUAGUGAUGCUGGAGUGAACAACCUGACUGGUCUCGUCAAGCGAAAGCGCACUGAUUCGACUAUUGACGAUAAUCAGAGCAAGGUUAAUGUCCUUAGUGCUGGUUUGGUCAAGAAGAAGCCAAAGGAGGAGUCCAAAGCCGAGGUCAAUGUACUCCCAACCGGUCUUAUCAGAAAGAAGUCCAAGGAUUAA